UAUCUCAGUAUUCAUUCAUCACGGUUUACAUUUUCAUAUUCUCUCUCUCUUUCUCUCUCUGCACAAAUCUCAUUGAUUCAUCAUUUCUAGCCAUGCCAAAGCUUGAUUAGAGGGACAAAUUUUGAGGCUCUCAGAUCAAAGGAGAAGACACAUAGCUAUAGCCACUUUCAGCAAUGGCCUUGCAGAUUAUCUUCUCAACCAUAGUUUCCAUUGCACUCUUCUUCUUGCCUUUGUACACUUCUGCAAAUGAAUAUUCAUCAGUUAAUUUUAGUUACACUGGUCCACACAAUGGGCCUGAAAAAUGGGGAAGCUUGAGUCCAUUAUUUGCAGCAUGCUCACAUGGAGAAUCUCAGAGUCCUGUGAAUCUAAACAAGUCUUACAUUGUCUUCAACAAGGAUCUUAAGUCUUUAGACAAACACUACAUUCCUACAAAUGCCACUUUGGUUAACAACAAAUUCAACAUUGGGGUGCAAUUUGGAGGAAAAGUAGGAGAUAUUAAUAUAAAUGGAAAAAAUUACUCCUUGAAACAAUUGCAUUGGCAUUCUCCCGCAGAGCACCGUGCAAAUGGUCGCAUAUUGAAGACAAGUUGAUUGAGCUUGGGAGAGGGCAUAGUAAUACUCAAAUUGCUAUUGGAACCUUUUAUAUAAAGGAAUUAAAUAGAAGGCCACAUAGAUAUUUUAGAUAUAUUGGUUCUCUCACCACUCCUCCAUGCACAGAGGGUGUCCAUUGGAACAUCCUUGGGAAGCUAAGGACCAUAUCUGAGAAACAAUUAGAGCUCCUAAAAGGCCCAUUGGACCCAACAUGCAAGAUCAAUGCAAGGCCCAUUCAGCCCAUCAAUGAUCGCAAAAUUCAGAUGUACUUCAAGCCCAACCAUAUUUCAUGAAAAAAAUGUCAUUGUUAAUUAGCUUAAUAUAAUGUAUAAUUAGCUAUCCAGUAAUAUAAAUAUUUAAGUUUCUCUAUCCCC